AUGUUGCUCUCGAAAGCCCUUUUGCUUCUAUACGCAUGCAAUUUAGGGGUCCAUGGAGCCAUAGUUCCAUUUAAAGACUCCAUCGAGUUGGUGUUUACGCCUCAGGACAUUAAAAAGACAACAGACUACGUUUUAUGGAAAGUCCCCUCCGUGAAGAAUAACUUCAAAACCACGGUGAAGCAGAAGUUGCUCAACCGGUUACUAUCGAAGGACCUACAGGAUCUUUACCCGUACCCCAUGCCAGCAAAGCAAGUCCUCGAGCUGCAAGCCACCGAACCCGACGCAGAAGGGACAUUCAAAGUGUUGAAGAACCAGAACGUGGAAAUUGAAAUCGCCAAGCCCAAGGGACUCGUCUCCGGGGUGUUGAAAGGACCUUCUCUCACCGAGAAGGAGCAAAAGAGAGUCCGCUGGUUGCCGAAAGACGCCGACGGCGACAAUGAUGAAGAAGAAGAAGGAGAAGAAGGAGACGAAAUGAAAGGGUUUUCCACACUCGACGUGAUGUCUGCGCCCAAGGUAUCCAAGCCAAAAACAGAACACGUGGGAUACCUGAACCCAUCCAGAAUCAAAAAUGAUAAACCCAAGUUUGCUACGUUCAGAGACAAACCUCCUGAAAAACAAGCAAACGCGGCCACAAAAAAAAGUAAAGACAGAAAACUCUCAUACAGCGAAACUGGCGACGACAACAUAGACGAGGACGAGACAGCUGAACUUCUGGAGUAUGAUGCUUUUGAAGAGUGA